UAUGGGAAUCGGAUGUCUAGGAUCUUGCCCUGGACUAUAUUUAAUAGGAAUGGAGAAAAAGGCCCUUUAGCUAGCAGCUUGUGGGGGCUGAAAUUCCCACAAACCCGAAUGAACCCAAGAAUCAAAGCAGAUUUGAGGAAAAGAUUUACUGCUGCAUGGAGCGUGGAAAACAUUGCUUGGAUUCCUCGCUUUUCUCCUUCUCCUUUUCCUGAUACAUAGAUACACGGCAGAUACAUAGAUUGAUAAAGGUUUGCUGGAAGCAGGGGGCUGGAAGGUGAAGAAAAGAGAUGUGGAGGGAAAGAGUGGCCCGUCGGGUCGCACUCUGCUGCUGCCUCCCAGCCCCUCUCCCCCGGACUCCAGGAAAAUCAGAUGUGACAUUAAUGCAACCUGGAAAGAGAAAGGGAGGAAGAAGGAAGGAGAGCAGGCGGGAUGGAUCUAAAAGAAGGAAAUGGAAAAGAGGGGAAAUCAGAAGAUGGAAAGGCCAGUUCUGACUUGGAGCGCGAGGAGAAAGCAAGCGCGUGCGGAAGGGAUGAAGCCGGGGUCCUGAGAAACUUCGCGAGAGAGGGGCGCGGCGGCUGCCCAUCCAUGUUUGGGCAGAUUGGGAGGGACAGUAUCUGUUUAGAUUUGUGUCUAAAUUUAAACCCCAUCGGCCUCGCUCCCCGCCCCUCCUCCGCCGCUGGCUCCUUCCUGGUUCUCCGCCGAGCCCGGCGCAGCACAGCGCAGCCCGGCGCGCGCCGCCCACUCGGCCCGGCUGGGCUCACAGGGAGCGCGAGCUCGCCCCAGGACGACCUGGAGGACAUGGAGGACAGACCCGCAGAGCCCAGCACCCGCGUGGACAGCUCGGCGUCCCCGUCGGUGGCCCAGCUGGCCGGGCAGUUUCGGGAGCAGGCGGCUGCGGCCAAAGAGACACCGGCCAGUAAACCAACCCGAAGGAAACCACCCUGCUCUCUCCCCCUGUUCCCUCACAAGGUAGAGCUGGGCCAGAAUGGUGAGGAGAAAGCGUCUCCCCAUGCCAGCCACCCUCCUAAAGUCAAGGUGAAGAGCUCGCCCCUGAUUGAGAAGCUGCAGGCCAAUCUGACCUUUGACCCAGCGGCCCUGCUGCCUGGGGCCUCGCCCAAGAGUCCUGGCCUCAAGGCCAUGGUGUCCGCGUUCCACAGCCCUCCGCCCACCCCCAGCAGCCCGGGCGUGCGGUCUCAGCCCAGCGAGGCGGAGGAGGUACCCGUCAGCUUUGAUCAGCCCCCAGAAGGAAUUCACCUGCCCUGCUACAACAAGGUUCGGACCAGGGGCUCCAUCAAAAGACGCCCUCCCUCCAGGAGGUUCCGAAGGUCUCAGUCGGACUGUGGGGACCUUGGAGAUUUCACGGCCACGGAGUCAUCUCAGGAGAACGGUGCCAGGGAGGAGAAUGGGGACGAAGUGUUCCCACCCAAGAGCCAGGCCCCCGGGUCCCCGACAUCCCACGGGGCCUCGGGGGAGAGCAGGGUGCUGGCGGGCAAGCCCCCUCUGAGGAGGACAUCGAGCAGCACGGAGAAGCAGGAGGACAAGGCCAGGUGGAGCUCAGAAGAGGCCAGCGGGGGCCCAGCACGGGCGGGGAGCCCUGAGCCACCCCAGAACCCCAGCCCAGAGGCCAAGGGUGCGAGUGUGCGCCCCGCAGAGGCAAAGGCUGCCGGAAGGCAAGCAGAGCUGGGGAAGUCUGCAGAGGCAAAGCGGGGACACAGAGAGGACAGCCCCGGCCAGAAGAGCCAAGAUGCAAAGCCGGAGGAGGGGGCCCGGGGAGAGGAGACCCCCCAGAUUCCUCCCAGAGGAAAGGAAGGCGGCAGUGUCCCAACGCAGGAGGAAGGCAAGGAAAAUCGAGAGCAAGGAGCAGCUCCAGGCUGCAGCCCGAGGACGCAGCAGGCCACACCGGAGCCCAGAAGUGACACCCAGAGGGGGCCAGCGCUCCCCAUGGAGGAGGCCCCUGUCCAGGAUACUAAGAUGUGAAGAAGAGCUUGUGGUGGUGCCCCAUGACGAAGCUGCUGGAGGAGUGGAAGCAGAGUAUGGGCGAGUCUGGAGUCCCCUGGGACUGGGGUUUCCUGGUGAAUGUCCUGCAGGGCAGAGGCUGCAUCCGAGAGCAGCAGCUGUCUAUCAGCUUGAGUUUGUGUCACUAAAUGGACUUUGUUUAAAAAACAAACAUUUAAAACAGUGAAGAGUGGUAACACCUCCCCGGGAUACGGCCAGCCCCUAGGCUUCUUCACCCAGCUCCUGGAAAGCUUAUCGUAUGUUGCCUAUGUAAAGUUACAGCCUUUUUACUAUUCUGAAAUGUUUAUGGUUCUCAAAUAGCAGUAAGAAUUAAUUUUAAGGACCGGGGAUUUAGCUCAGUGGUUUUGCUGCCUGCUGUGCAAGCGCAAGAACCCGAGUUCAAUCCCCAGUACCAAAAUAAAGGAAUUAAUUUUAAAUGAACAGAAACGGAAGACAGUAGUCUUGUUGAAAAAUACAAAUAGAAGACCUUCAAUUGUGUCAAGACCCUAGAGACAGCCUGUCAGAUUGCUCCAAAUAUGAAUUGCACAAUUGAUUUUGAAAACACUGGGCUAGAAGGGAUAAUUGAGCUUUAAAAAAAAAAAAAAUAGCCAGGUGUGGCGGCGCAUGCCUGUAAUCCCAGAACUCUGGGAGGCUGAGCCAGGAGGUUUGCAAGCUCAAGCUCAGCCCAGGCAAUUUAGGAAAUUAAUGAGACUCUGUCUCAACUUAAAUAAUAAAAAAAGCCUGGGAACAUAGCUCAGUGCAAAGGCCCUGGGUUCAAUCCCCAGUACUAUGAGGUGUGUCAGUUCCAACAGGAGCUUUUCUGUUCCCAUAGUUUUCUAGUUCCCAGCCUUCUGCCACCUUGAGGGCACAGUGAGACUCCUGGGAGAGGCAGGAUGUCAGAGGGUCCUGCACCCCUCAGGCAGAGCAGUGGCACCCACAGGACAGACACUGAGAUUUAUCCUACAAAGAUGAACUCUGCACUCACAGAGCCCUGCUAGCUGGAUUCACACCUCCAGGGAGGCGCCUGAGUCCUGGGUGUGCAGGUGUGCAGGCUGCCUUAGAAAACAUCCUCCCUCCCUUGCUUCUGGGGAAGUUUUUCCCAAACCUAAAGCAGGUUUUCAUCUGGCUCAGGAGGAAUGAGCAGGGACCCCUUCUCCUCUCCUAGGAAGCUCUGGCCUAACGGUCUGCCUGGACUAGCAAAGGAGAAGCGGCUGACCCCUGCCCUCCUCACUUACCCCCCUGAAAGAUGCCAACCCAGUGAAGUGUUUAGUCUUCAGCUCGUUUUUAUCCUGCUUUGAGCAUUUCCGAGUCUCCCCUGGCCGGCUGGGUCAUGUGGAGCGAUUGUUCUCUGGCAGUCCCGUAGAGCACACCCGGCCUGCCUCCCAGGACUGUCUGCCACACAAAAAGUUCUUGCCUUUGUCACCAGUGGACCUCAGUUCCUCAUCCGAUUGACAGUUUUUUUUAAUUUCAGGAUAGUGUUAAUAUUUAGGGUAUGCAUAUUUUUUCAAAGCUAUUUUUCAAUAGUUUGUAACUUGUAACAGACUUGUAACCUGGUUGAGAUUGAUACUGUUGCGACUAUCAUAAACUUUGGAUUUUAGCAGAA